UAAUGAUAUAGACGCCCUCAUUUUGCCACUUUAUACAACCGCACUGUUUGGGUCGUCUUUCCAAAAACGUCAAAGUGUGCAAGUUUCUGCGGAGCAAACUUUGCGACUUAGACAUGGAGAAGGCCAGGACAUUUUUACAAUUGACAGACGAUCAGUCCGAAAUUGUGUCCCGUCUCGUCGAUCCGGCUCAUUGCUCCGGCUUCUAUGAUGAUUUCGCUCUCAACGGUAUCCGGGUCGACCGAGUCGAACAAGGAGUCGUGGUUUGCACUUUCAAGGUCCCUCCCCGCUUGAUUGACAGGAAUGGAAAGUUAGCUAAUGGUGCAAUUGCAAAUAUUGUGGAUGUAGUUGGUAGUGCCGCAGUCCAUGUUGAGGGUCUGCCUAUGAAUGUCUCUGUGGACAUGUCCAUCUCAUUUCUUUCGACUGCCAAGCUUGAUGAUGAGUUAGAGAUUACUGCAAGGGCUUUAGGACAAAGAGGGAGGUACUCUGGAACAGUGGUGCUGCUGAAAAACAAAGCAACUGGGGAAAUUAUUGUUGAAGGUAGGCAUUCAUUGUUUCGUCUACCUAUUAGCAAAAUCUGAUUUUUCAUUCAAGAAAGAGCACGUGUAUUUGUGAUAAUGUACUUUUUUUUCUUUCUUUUUUUUCAUUGUUUUGGAUUUAGAGAUUCGGUAUUUCUGACAAUAAAACGGUGUUUGCAAGUUA